AUGACGACGGCUCACAGACCGACGUUCGAUCCCGCACAAGGGCGAGAAGCCCUCCGCGGGCCCGCUUAUCACCAGCGCCUUCUGCCUGCGCACAUGCACCUGAAGACUCGUCAACUCGGCCAAGGCAGCGAAGGCGAAGUGCAACAGCGCGACCUCCGAGCAGAACUCCUCCAAGCCGAAGCAGCCCAUUUCGCAAAGAAGCGCGGCGUUCCCGUCGAUGAACCAAUUAUCGAGAGUGCACCAAAACGUCAGAUCGGAGGGCCUCCAUCAGGUGGCGAUGAUAGCGGAGCGGCUGGAGAAAUAGAGGAGGAUCCAGAGGCGAAACGGCGGCGUAUAUUGGAGGAGACAAGAGAUAUAGACGCAGAUUCGGAUGGGUCGGAGGAUGAUAGUAGUGAGGACGAGAGUGACGAGGAAGACGAAGAAGCUGAAUUGAUGCGCGAGCUGGAAAAAAUCAAGAAGGAAAGACAGGAGCAGAAGGCGAAAGAAGAACGUGAACGAGCCGCCGAGGAAGAGGAGCAGCGCGAGGUCGACAUUGCCCGGGGUAAUCCCCUCCUAAACUCUCAAGACUUCAACUUGAAGCGGAGAUGGGACGAUGAUGUCGUUUUCAAGAACCAGGCCCGAGGGACUGAGCAGAAGAGGGGGCCUGAAUUCGUCAAUGACUUGUUGCGUUCCGACUUCCACAAGCGGUUCAUGUCCAAAUACGUUCGAUAA